ACUGAAAACUACUCCUUCGAUUCCAACUACGUGAACAGCAGAGCUCAUUUAAUAAAAAGCUCCACAUUCAAGGACUUGGAGGGGAACAGUCUGAAGGACAGCGGCCACGAGGAGAGCGACCAGACGGACAGCGAGCACGACGUGCAGCGGGGUCUCUACUGCGACACGGCUGUCAACGACGUGCUGAACACCAGCGUCCCUUCCAUGGGCUCCCAGGGCCCUGAGCAAGAUCAGAGCGAUGGAUUUCAUUGCAGGGAGGAGUGCCGCAUCCUGGGCCACUCGGACAGGUGCUGGAUGCCCCGCGGCGCCGUCCCCAGCCGCGCCAAGUCCCCGGAGCGCGGGAGGAACGUUAUCGCCCUCUCCAUCGAGGCGACG